UUUUCAGUAACAAUGUUCUCGAAACGUUUCUUGACGCUUUUUUCGUUAUUGUGGUUGAGUAUCGGUAUUUACGCGGACGAUAACAAUCCCGAUGCAAAACCAAGAAGUGAUUUCAAAAAAUCAUUGUCAAGGGAUUGUUCGUCAAUAUAUUCACCAACAUGUUUGAAGCUAGAUGUGGUGUCUUUGGUUGAUAAGUUAAAUGAACAAGACGAAUAUAGUUUUAUACCUGGUGUUUCAGUGAUAAGGGAAGAACAUAGUGAUCAUAGUACGACAGCAGAUAUGGUAACGGAGCUAGCACGAGAUUUUCCUAACGAUCCCGAUGCUAGGUUGGAUGCUUUUUUGAUGAAAAAAAUUACGUCGUAUCUAAGCAGUCAUUCAUUGCGGUUAAAUUUGUUAAAUAGUGACGCAAUAGAAAGUGCAAGAAAAGGGGGUGGUGGCGAAGGCGGAGGAGGUGGUGGGAAAGGAGGCGGUGGCGGCGGCGGUGGUGGAAUAGGUCUGCUUUUGGCGGCAGGUGCGAUGCUGAAAGGAACUUUCUUUGCACUAGCCCUAGGAGCAAUCGCAGCCAUUGCAGGAAAAGCCUUAAUGACUGGGUUAAUCUCGUUUUUACUUUCUGCCAUUAUUGGUCUCAAGGCUUUAACUCAUGGUCAUAAGUCUACUACCUACGAAAUAGUAUCUAAGCCCGUUUACAGUCAUUCCAGCUCACAUUCUAUUGGCCACGAGGAAUAUCAUCCUAGUUACGGUCAUUCUUCGUACGGAAGAAGUUUUGAUUUGCCAUUGCCACUGGGUUUGCAGCCAGAAUACAAACCAUCCUAAGUGAUAUCAUUAUUAUUAAAAUUUAAUUUAUAUUUAUUUAUUUCAAUAUUUAUCGAAUGUUUUGUUGAAUAAAAGAUUCAUGUUCUCAUGUGAUUAUUAUAAUCAUAGACAAUCUUCUCAUAAUCUGGACCUACAGUAUAUAUAUAAUUCGAAUAAGCAUAUUGAGUUGAAAUGAACAUUAAGUAUCUGUUAUUGUAAUAUUUAGCAAGCCUAGGUUAAUAGGUAUAUACAGAUUAGUGACUAUUGAUGUACUGAAGAAAUAGAUAGUAUUAAAUUAAUUUAAUAUCAUUUAAUUAUGUACAAUGAUGAAAAGUUGACAAAAAAACUAUUCUGGAUGACGAUUGCUGGAUAAACAAACUGAUUCUAACUGAAAUGUAAUACAAAGAGAUUUGACUACAAUUCGUUCGAUAUCAUAGGACGCAAUUAGUUUAUCGUCAAAAAAAUUUGAAUACAUUUAACUUGGAAAUCAUUGAAAUAUUUUCAUACCUUCGAGAUGUUUGUUAGGUAGUAUAACUAACAUUUGAAACUUGAACUGUUCCCAAUAAAAUCUGAAACUGAAGUUUACUAUCCUACUGAAAUAAUUUUAUAGGGGAUAGCUCAAUGAUUUUUUGUAAGAACAGCUAAAACUCCUAAACGAUGAAACGGAUUUUCACAUACUUAAUCUUAUUGGAUGAAGCAUUUAUUGCAAUGCCAUUAAUAAUGAUACGUUUGAUUCUUAUAGAAGCUGCUAGUACAUUUUUUAUAGAAAACUAAGUACUCUGGAAAAUAAUGAGCAGUGAUAUGGCUUUUUUCUGCAAUAGAACCAUCAAGUUUGUUACAACCUAAUCAGUCGCUUAUGAGUUGAGCUGUUUGCUUAAGAAAAAUUGAAUCCCUCCCCACCAAACUAUUAUUGAAAUACACUUUUUUGUAACAUUAACUUUUUCUUUCAGUGAUCAAGCGGACAUAUAUAUUAAUUGACAUAUUGACCACGGUCGAACAAACGAAGACUGCUGAUGGCGACAGCUCACUCAAUUCUUCUGCAUGGGGCGUAGGUCUGGUUAGACGCCCUGGGAAUAAAGAAAUACUUCAAGAUGAAUCAGCUGAAUGGACUUUACGACGAAUGAAAGACUAGAGUAUGGACAAAAAGAAGGUUUUGAGAGGUGAACUUCUAUAUUACCCAGCUUUUGACGGGACACGGCUACUUCCGACGGUAUCUUCACAAAAUUAGGAAAGUACAAACACCUGAGUGUAACCACCGGAGGGGCUUAAGAGAGGAAGUAGAGGAAACUGUCGGCAGCAUAAAUUCUGAUAAUAUCGUCCUAUAUAGAUUCCCCAACCAGAAGUAAUAUCACAAUAGUCCCUGGUUGGACGAAGAUGACAGAAGAUGGCGGUUUAGUGGGUAGGCUACUGGAGUCCCACUUAUCCAUCAGCUCUCUUGGUGAAA